AUGUCUGACUGGCAGCAUCUCUCCAUUCGCAUCUGUCUCGUCACCUAUGUGGUGCACAUGGGUAGCCUGGUUUGUUGGUUCCUUGCCGCAGUUCGAGGCUGGUGUCGAAGCUACAAAGCCGGCACGGCGCCGUCAGAAUAUGAGUAUUGGGUGGUCCGCCUGUUUUUCAUCAUGGCCGUUGCCGAUUUCGUGCGCGGGGUGGACGGUCUCUCCGACACGUUCGAGGACGGCUCGUUUGUCAGCGUUUGGGGAAGCUUUAACAUCUCGGGUCGAUUCUUCGCCUGGUGGCUGCGUGACCUCCUCGGCUUCCAGAUUUUGCUGCUGUUCCACAGCUUCACGGUCAGGUGGUCACACACAGCGCUGGAGCUUCCAAUGCCGCGGCUCCUGAUGACAAUGGUUCGAUUCGGCUGUGCCACCGCCACCAUCGGUUUUGGCACAGGCCUCUGCGGUGCGCUUGUCACCAACAAGCAGAUCUGGCAGGUUGUCUGCAUGGUCUCCGUCCUGCCCUACAAUGCUGUGAGCUUCUUCAUGUGUGGGCGGCAUCUGUGGCGAAUCUUGCCACAGCUUGCGUCGGGGAGUGAUCCCGAAUCUGCGGACUUGCUAGCAAGGUCUCGAACAACUGCUACACGAAUGCUCGUUGCCCAUGCCAUCAUGCUAUCGACUUUCCCAGCUCUGAUCCACCAGAAAGUUAUGAUCGGCCAGAACCCACUUGUCGCACACCUGCCGGUUGCUUGGUUUCCUUCCGCUGUAUGCCUGGAGGUUGCCAAUAUCCAGGGUUCUUUAUGGGCUCCCGAAUAA